AUGGGUUCCAAGUCGGCAUCACCAGGGCCAAGUGCAAAGCCAGCAGCACCCAUAAAGCAGACAAGGUCUCGGAAAGGCACUCCGCCCAGCCAGGCUGAGCAAGGAAGGGCUGGCUCCGCGGGAGGUGUCGUUUUGCCAAAAGGGAAAGUAGCGAGAGCAUCGACUUCACCAGCAAAGAAAACUACAGCGGCAGCAGUUCGACCUACAGUUAAUACAACUGCAGCCGAAGUAAAGACCCCAAGAAGAAAGCCUAGGAAGCUUAACAAAAGUCCCACCUCAACCCCUAUCAGCUCCCCACCGUCACCCACCCGCACCAACAUAUCGAAAGGGAGCCCUUCUUCCUCCGAGCUUGAAGCCUUGAAGGCACGAGUCAGGGAGUUAGAAGCAAAGGUGGAGGAAUUGUACAAGACAGGUGCGACUUCAGACGCUCGUGCAGGCCGUUCACCCCGCCGACGGGGCAAAGGACGAAAGGGUUCCACUACUACGGUUCAACUCACCCGCACCAACACAAACACAAGUGACGCAAGUGUCAACAACCCCAGAGUCCAAGAAGUCGUCGACCCCGACGAAGAAGACGCAGACGAAGAACUCGUCCGUCUAGAAGGCGAACUCGAAGUCGCCCGUCAAGACCUCGAACACUACCGCCCCAGAACCCGACGUGCCAAAUCCGACGAGACCGAGUACGUCGAAGAAAUCCCCCGACGCGCCAGCAACGGAGGAGGCACAGAGCGACAAGUAACGCUCAGCGGCAGCUACCGCAUCCCGAUCCCCGCCUCCGUCAACCUCGAAGACGUCCAAACAAUCAAAUCCGGCGUCUCAGCCGCCCAAAACGUCGCUCGUUCCUUCCUCGAACAGCGUCGUGCUGCUGCCGCUGCUGCUCGUGCAAGUCAAGACACCCAGUCAUCUCCAUCUUCAGCAUCGGCAAAAGUGCCAGCGUCCAAGACGCGGCCCCAGCGCAGUAUGAGUUCGAAUCUCGAAGUCGCGGUGGAUAAUCGCAAUGGGAAGCAGAGCUGGAGCGAUUGGAUUGGCGGGUACAGUAUGGCGAUUACGAGGGCGGUGAGUAAGAUUGAGCAUGAGGCUGCGGUUGAGGCGCAGAUGGCGAGGGGGAAUGGUAGUGGUGCGAGGAGGACGAGUGUGCCGACAUCGAAGAAGAUGGCGGGGAAGAGGCCGGCGGCGAGGGCUACUUUGAGUGGGGAGCAGGUACAUGGGCUUAUGAGUUGA